UUUUUCCAUAGUUGUGCUGUUGCUCCGAUUUUGACGUCUGUAGCAGACAGAAACAGACUGCAUCAUAAUUGUUUUUCGAAAUUCGUUUUGUAUUUUGUGUUAAAAGAAUAGUUAAUUGAAACUUGGAAAUAUGACUUCAGAGUACGAUGAAUUUGCCUGGACAGAUGUUAGAGAAUUAUUCAGAGUUUGGAGAGAAAAUAAUGAACGGAAAAGUAAGGAUGUAGUCGACUUAUGGGAAUCGACCCUGAAGUCGAAAGUGGAUAAUCUUGGAAAUGAAAAAUAUUUAGUUUUGGAACAAGUAUGUAUCGCAGCUUUAGACUGCUAUCGUCUUUCUCUAGCCGAACAAUGUUUAAAAGUUCUUAUGACCGAGUUCCCGGGAAGUCUAAGAGUCCACAAAUAUCACGCAAUGCAUUUGGAAGCCUUGGAAAUGUAUGAUGAGGCAGUAGAAGUAUUAGAUUCCAUAAUCAAAAGAGACGAAACUAACGCAGCUCCUAGAAAAAGACGAAUUGCUAUUUUUAAGGCAAGGGGACAAAUCACAGAAGCUAUCAAAGAACUUACGGAAUAUUUAAAAAAGUUCAUGAGUGAUCAAGAAGCUUGGCACGAAUUGUGUGAUUUGUACCUUCAAGAACAAGAUUAUUCCAAAGCAGCAUUUUGUAUGGAGGAACUUAUACUUCACAAUCCACAUAGUCAUUUAAUUUACCAAAGAUAUGCGGAAAUUAAAUAUUCACAGGGUGGAUAUGAAAAUAUGGAGCUAGCUAAGUCAUAUUUCUGCCAGGCAAUAAAACUGAAUCCAAACAACAUUAGAGCGCUUUAUGGCUUAUUAUUGGUAACGAAUCACCUCGCAUCUUCGCUGAAAAGUACAGCGCCAAAGAAGAAAGAAGCCAUAAAACUGAGCGAGUGGGUUGCUAAACGUUUGGACAGUUUGUACAAAUCGAAAGGACCUCAAGAAAAGGAAGAUAUUAAAGUAGUAGAAGAUUUACUAUCUCAAUUACAAAUCGAAGCUUAGCCAAUAAAAUUUCUAGUUUAGAUAAUCUUCACAUGUACACGGGUAGAGGCACUAAUUUUAUUCCCUAGAGGUAGAGACCUCUUUUCUAUCCGCAUUUUAUAACUGUACAGAAGUAGUGAAGAUAGGAAAUGAAUAAAUAUAAUCAGAAUAGGUUUCAAUACUUAGGUAUAUAAUUGUUAGGUAAAAGAAGAGUGACUGUUUCUUUGUUAUAAAUAUUGUACGUAUCGCUAUUGCACUUCAGAGGGACGAUUACUGAGAAAAUAAAAUAUUUAAGGAAAUGUUAUUGCGAAGCGAGUCUUCGUCAAUUAACUCUCUCUUUGUCAUUUAAAUAUACUUCGUUG